AUGGAUGCCCUUGAAAUAACCGACACAGACGGUUUUUUCGAAAGUGUGAAGGUGUUCCGCGGCGAUCUAUACUUGGGCCAAGUGAUUGGAGGCGUGUUUUUCUGGGAAGAGAAGCAAUAUGAGAUCUGGCAGUCUCCUUGCCAGUCCUAUGAACUUCGACGUGAGGCCACGUCGUUGCCAAGUUCGCUUCGGUGUCCAGCUGAUAUGGUUACUUCAAAAGCCCUGCAUGACUUUCAUACAUGA